AUGGCUGCUGCCAUGGAUUUUGACGUGCGGUUUAUUUAUGAUGUAACCGAUCAUGUGUGGCUCGAGUUGUGGAUCCCAGAGUACGAUAAUUGGGUUCACUGUGACCCCUGCGAAAAUGCUAUCGACAAACCACUUCUCUAUGAGAAGGGUUGGGGUAAGAAUCUGAGCUAUGUGAUAGCCUUUGGAACAGAUCACGUCUACGAUGUGACUUGGAGAUAUGUCCUUGAUCACAGGAAAACCUUGAAACUUCGUAACAAAGUUCGCGAAGCGGUUCUCAGCAGCUUCCUCUCGAAGCUCAAUUCACGUGCUGGAGCAGACAUCACCCCAUCAAGAGCCACGGAAUUAAGAAGGCGUCGAGUGCGUGAAUUGGUCGAGUUUCUGAUAAUUGGCGAAAGGCGCGAUGAUGGGCAGAUUUACGGAGGUCGCGUGUCUGGCGAUGUUGAGUGGCGAGCAGCACGAUCUGAGUUGGGCUGCAGCUCCAAGCAAGAACCCACUGUAAUUACACUCACUCCGGAAGAAAUAUCUAACAAGAAGUUCAGCCUGGAGUAUAAUUGUGCUCAAGAUUGUUACACACGAGGAACUGAAAGCAUCAAAGGUUGGUCAUCCUACGCUAACCACAAUGGGACUGUUCAUCGAAAACAAGAGUCGGACUGGAAAAUGGCAUAUCUGUGUCGGAAUGAGAAUGAAAAGGAAGCAGAACUUUUCUGGACAAUCAAUCUUUGUGAUGUGAAGGUGAAGUCUUUCCGUCUUCAAGUUUUCGGAGCAACCGUUUAUGAGAAUGGAUCUGUCAUGGUCACCGUUUGUGCUGGUGAUGUAUGUUACCCUUUGCGAAAAGGUUCAACUGAACUGGUAUUGGACGAUGUGCCUUCGGCUCUUUUGAAAAUCACUGUGAAUUUUUCUGGUGGAACGGGUAACAAUGCCUUUCAACAUGCGCAGCUAUUCCGGACACCAUUGGAUAGUCCAGAAUCUCAAAUGAAGAUCGAUAUUGAACUUGCUUGA